AUGCCUGACGAUAAUAUUUUCAAAAGACAACGCAUUUCCAAAGCUUGUGAUUCUUGUCGUCGCAAGAAAGUAAAGUGCGAUGGUUUUCAACCCGUGUGCGGUAAUUGUUCCUCCUUCAAUCAGGAAUGUACUUAUAAUGAUACUACCAAGAAAAGAGGACCACCUAAAGGUUAUAUCGACGCCAUCGAAACUCGUCUUCAUAGAAUGGAAUUUUUGUUAGGUGGUUUAGUACAUAGUAGUGAUCCACGUGCCCAAGCCGUGCUGUCUGAGCUGAUGCAGGGUGACGCGAGUUCAACUCAAAAAUUGGAAAAACAUGAUUUUGUCACGCAUCGUAAUGGCACCGAUGAAAGUGUAGAGCAUGUUGGCGGUAGUGAGUCUUCAAAUAUAAUAAAUUCACCAGAUACACAUACCACAGGUGAUGGAAAAGAUAGUUUGUUAAUUGACGAUCUUAAAGAUGUCAUGGAAAUACUUAGUAUAGAUGAGAACAAUCAAGUUCGUUAUCACGGACGAAGCAGCGGUCUCUACUUAUUAAGAAAAAGCGAUCGCUAUAAGAAUGGUAUUCUAUCAAUUUCAAAUGCCAAUUGGCGUCAUCCGGGUGAAAUGAUUGCCUCUACACAAAAUUUUGAUUUGCUAAAACGAUCGGAAUUGAUGGAAUUGCCAUCUCAAGAGAUUUCCGAUCAUUUGUUGGAGAUCUAUUUCACUCACAUACAUCCUAUACUGCCGGUUCUUUAUAGACCGCGUUUUUUUGAUCAAUUGAAGGAUAAGGAACAUCUGCCGCAUCUAUUAUUGAACUCUAUCUACUCGUUUGCUGCGAGAUUUUCGAAUAAACCGGAGCUAAGGAAAUAUCCAGAUGAUCCUGAAUCAGCUGGGGACAUUUUCUUUGAUCGAGCAAAGGCAUUGCUUGACAACGACUACGAUAAUGCUCGGGUGACCACCAUUCAGGCGUUGGUGGUGUUGUCGAUGAGGGAGUAUGGUGCAGCCAGAGUCACUAGGGGGUGGUUGUAUGCUGGUAUGGCAUCACGGAUGGCGCAAGAUUUAGGUAUGCACCGUAAUAGCGAGAGGUGGCAUCUUAUAAAACAGACACAUGAAGAAAGAGAAGAGCAAAAGCGCGUAUUUUGGGCAUGUUUUGUCAUUGAUAGGAUUCCGAGUGCGCAUUUGGGACGUCCAUUGGCAAUUGAUGAGAAGGAUGUGGACGUCGAUCACGUAACUUCCUCACCUAUUUCAACGUCUAGUGGGUCCCCUGCGCCUACUAAUGCUUCACCACACGCGGUAUCGCAUUCAAUUUCACGGUUCAAUAGUCUAAUUAAACUCUGCGAGAUCACGGGCAAAAUUAUACAAAAUAUUUAUGCCAUCAGAAACAAUUUACCGACGACCGGAGAAACGGUACUUCCCAUUCUCAAUUCAUCACUUGAAGUAUGGUUUAAAUCGUUACCUCCGCAUCUGCAAUAUGAUCCAUCAUCAGAUCAAUCGUCUGAUACAACAACACUUUGUCUACACAUCAUUUAUUACUCAACUCUAAUAUUACUUCAUCGUCCUUAUACGGCAAGCAACAAUUCAUCGCAUAGCGUAUGUACCUCUGCGGCAAAUGCUAUUACGGAAAUUGCAGAUACGAUGCUAAGGCGGAACCAAUUGUCGCAUAGUAUGAAUCCAGUUGUUUACUGCGUAUUCACAGCCGCUGUAAUUCAUAUAUAUAAUGCCACACAAGCUGAUCGUUUGACUUCAGAGCCCGCAAAAAGAAAUCUUAAUAAAAGCCUUGAAGUGCUAGAAUUCCUGAAACGAAUCUGGCCAUCGGCCCUUAGAUACAGCGACAUGUUGGAAGGUUUGAUGAGUCUGAAAGAAGUACAAUUGGACGCCACAACACCUGGCAAUGGAUCAGGUCGAAAUUCGAGAAAGCGCGGAAAUUUCUCAAGCAAUAAAUAUUCGCAUGGAGGAAUUGAUCGACAUGGAAGACAGGAGCGAUAUAGAGCACAAUUUAGCCAAUCGGCCUCACCACCAAAUAAUAACAGCAAGGACAAUUCUUCACCGCAUAUGGUAAAUUCCUCUCUUGUGAACGCUUCACAAUCAUAUGCACCUAUCCAAACGAUAGUGAAUUUUACUGGUUCCAUGUCAUCACAACCAACUUCAACGUCACAGCAUCAGCAAUUCAACACCUUCAAUCAAUCACCACUGCAUCAUGGUCUAGCCGAGUCCGCACAAAUGUUUAAUAACACAUUUGGAUUCCGAAACGUAUCGUCCAUAUCUUCCGAUGCAGAUCCUCAGAAUCAAGCGGUGGGUGAUACCGAUCCUUAUGCAGCACCAGGAAUGGUAGGAUUAUGGAAUAUACCACAGAGUGCGAAUUUAGAUGAUUGGACAACAUACUUGCAACAGAAUGUCACAUUUUCCUCACCACCCCCCCUUCCUUCGCAACCGCCCAUCAUUCAGAUGCCGAGAGUGCCAUCGAUGCCGCUGCCGCAACACGAAAUGUUACUGCAUAAUGAUGGAAAUGACGUUAAUAUGUUCGCCGAUAAUCAUCCACUGGUGUCGAACGUCAUAGAUAGCAAUAACAAGGAAAACCGUGAGAGCCGAACCGAAACUGGAUCAAAUCUAGGAUAUAACGGAAGAAACUUGACCAAUAUAGGUAGUGGUGGGAAUGGCGGAAAAGAUAAAUCAACUGUGCCCCUAACAUAUUGCUAA